CCUCCUCUCUCCCUCUUCACUCUCCCCCUCUGCGGCUCUAUCUGCUGGCGCUGCAGUGAAUCUCUCCCCCGCUGUCACAAACCGUAAAGUCAGACAGCCGGUGGUCGGUAUCUCACCGUUAAAAGUCACAAACCUCGUUAAAACGUCGUCUGUAUCUGACCGCGUCGAGCCGUUACCGGAGCUUUGAAUUACUCUUCAAGCAGCUUCAGACCCCCCCCUGCACCAAAAUGGGAAAUGAAGCCAGUUAUGCCCUGGACAUGUGCUCGCACUUUGAUGCUGAUGAGAUUAAGAGGCUAGGGAAGAGAUUUAAGAAACUCGACCUAGAUAACUCUGGGUCUCUGAGUGUGGAGGAGUUUAUGUCCUUACCAGAGCUCCAACAGAAUCCCCUUGUGCAGCGAGUUAUCGACAUAUUCGACACAGAUGGAAACGGGGAAGUCGACUUUAAAGAAUUCAUCGAAGGAGUCUCCCAGUUCAGCGUCAAAGGUGACAAGGAGCAGAAGUUACGUUUUGCCUUCAGGAUCUACGACAUGGACAAAGACGGCUACAUAUCCAACGGCGAGCUUUUCCAGGUCCUCAAGAUGAUGGUGGGAAACAACCUGAAGGACACCCAACUCCAACAGAUCGUCGACAAGACCAUCAUCAACGCAGACAAGGACGGCGACGGCAGGAUAUCCUUUGAGGAGUUCUGUGCGGUCGUUGGUGGAUUAGACAUUCACAAAAAGAUGGUGGUGGACGUCUGACAAGUUUAUUUUUUCUUCCUCCAUUUACUGAAGAUCUGCUUGAAGACGUCGUCCAUCAAAACGCUCAACGAAAGUAUUUUCUCUGUGAAUCUCCCCUCCCCCCCCGCCUCCCUCCUUCCUCACCCUCCCUCCCCCCCGAGCCUUCUGAAGCCAAACUCUCACCACGUAUUAUCGAACAGGAACUCUCUGUGACUCGUCGCACUUUAAAAGCUGACGGACGGCUUUUUAACGCAGAGCGACGGUUUCAGUUUGGUGGAGGAAAGCUGGAGUGUGUGUGUGUCUUUGAGUGUGUAUGUGUUCUGUAUGUUUUACUGGUUUUUCAAGGUAUGUGGGUUUUUUAUAUUUAUUUUGGUGUCAUUGGGUUUUUUUUCUGUGGAGAAUCAAAGGAGUCUAUCUUACAGAGAGUGAACUUUAGUGGGUGAGUGUAGUUAGCGGUGAUGUUACUUGAUUUCAGAACAACACAAACACAGCAUGAAGUGCCAACAAGAAUUUAAUGACAUGCAGUUGAAUUACAGGUAAAAAUCUGUGUCUUUAUUUUCGAGAUGUAACUGUAUUAUUGAAUGCAUUUAUCUUACUGGAGUGUUGCAUUAUUUACACUUGAAGAUCUGCUUCAUUUCACAGUCGUGUUCGGCUACAUUUUGUCAGAAAUAAAGAGGGAGAUUGGGCACUACAUGUUUUUAAAGGACAGACUUUGGCUUACAUAAGCGCUCAUAUUUGCUUUUUUUUGGCACUUUUGUGUUAAGUUGUAAUAACGAUGUAGAUAUUGACGUGAACUUUAUUUACAAGUCGGAAGUGACUUAUUACAUAACUCUGGCAUGACAUGAACGCAGCAUACCGUCAGGGACGAGCAACUACUGUUUGAGAGUACUCUAUGAAAACUGCUUCACACAUGUUUGUAGAUUUACUGCAGAAAUCUCAACACACAAAACUCUCAGCUUUGUGGAAUAAAAUCCGACUUGUUGCCGUUUGAAUUCAGCCACGAAACGCUUGUCAAGGGUUUUAUAUUUUCUGUAAAUCUGAAGAAAAUUAAAUUAGUAAACCUGCAGAAAUUUAGAUAAUUAUCAUUAAAGUGGAAAUAGACAAGUUUUCCCCUUCCUAGCAUUUCUAAGUUGUCGCAAAGACAAUCGGAUCACUUUCUGUUUUCCUUAGAGACGACCAACGACCGCAGGAUGUGCCGCGCUUUGUUUCCCAAUGUUACUUUGGUUGCAUCACUGUUCACCAUUUCUGCUACUGGGGAUAAUCGCUGCAGAGAACUGAGGAAGAGUUACCGAUAAGCCUCAUUUCCACCAAGCACUGCUUCAUCCGUGUCUAUAAGCGCUCAGAAAUAUGGAUGAAAUUAACGCAGAGUCCGGACAGAAGGAUCAGUUUCUGUGUCUAACAUGGAGCAUAAAUUAAACCCUAACUUUACACCGGUGAAUCUUUAGAAGAAGGCAGCAGGUAUCUGUUCCUUCAGCAGUGUCUGACUGGGGUGAUGUUGUUGGACUGUUCUUUAACAUGUUGUCUAGAUGAAUUAUUAGACACAGCUUCUGCACGUUGGAGACGGGACGCAUUAAAACAAUUCACACAAUGCCACGAAAAAAAAUUUGCAAAUCUCUCAAAAAUUCUCACUCCGCUUAUAAUAUUUCAGGACUGUCUGUCCCUGUUGGUGAAUUCAUCCGCAACACUGAGUAAGCAGGGUAACGGCUGCACAUUAGGUUUUCGUUUUUUAAACAAGGCAAGCCAAAUGUUGCCUGCAUGCUCAGUUUUUAAUUAUAACAUAGGUGUAUGUGACAGGAUGUGAUCGAGACUGUUCAGGUUCCGAACCAAAGUCUGAAGAUAAUUUCCAUCGCAGACAACAAGUCUCCUCUGAGGAAAACUUCCUGCGGCGUUCCCAAACUGUCAGUGCGUCAUGGCGGGGAGAGCUGUGUGAUUAAACAGGUUAAAGUGAACAUGAUAAGGCAUAAUUGUCACAGCUUUUAAUGCACUCACCUGUAAUAAUCCAUCCUCUGCAGUGUAUCAUCACACACUGGAGCGCAACGAUGAUGCACCUGGGGCACACUUAGAUCAGAAGUGUGCCCCAGGUGCAUCAUCGUUGCGCUCCAGUGUGUGAUGAUACACUGCAUCGCAGCUCGAUGUGACGUGUAACACAACAGCGCCAGUCUCUCGUGUGACAUAAAACAUACAUGUCAGCAGCGCUUUCUAAACAAUAACAAUGGCAUUAACGUGUCAGUAACAAUUAUUUACCGUCCCUUUGGUAUGGCGGCUGGUCUCGUCCUCUGCUUGGAGGAGCUCAUUGUUUUGCCAAGUAACGGACAUUCACAGCCACCGUUCUUCUUCUUUGGGUUAGCCACUAACUGCUAUCAGCUAAAUCUCCCAGCAGUGGGCAGCACACAUGACAUCUUUGAAAUGUCACACCUGUGCCGGCCAUGAUCCCAUCUCACAGGUGGUCCUAUUUAUAUAGAUACUGUUUCGGCGCUGUUACUACGUCCCAUGGCGGGUUAAAGGUGAGACAACUCCCCCCAUUCUGCGAUCGUACCUCAUAUACAAAAUGGCGAGGCGGUGCAAUAGUGUAAAUGGGGCGCAGUUGGCAGGGCGCACCUGACUGCGAUUCUGUGGUUCUAACGGCACUAAACUUAAAGUCUUUGUUUGAAAUGCUGCUAAAGCUACUGGGGGAAAUGAAAGCGCCAUCCUCUUCCUGUUUUGGUUGUGUACAAUGGUCGACGCGCUUCCUUUGUGAUGUAAAAGAGCCUUCAUUUUACUGGAGGAUCGUACGCGCUGGAAAACAGCACUGCGCAGUGAAAGCGAUGUUUAUAGGGAACCAAUCUAAACGCAGAUGUGUCAUUAUUCUACAGCCAUGACAUCGUGCAAUCAGCAUUUACGUCAUAAUAAUUAAAAAUACUUGUCUGUUUCCACUUUACGUCUGCUUUGUGAAAAUUAACUGUAAAGCCACUGAUUGUUGAACUCAGACUCUCACUUCGACUUUUAGUUUUUAAUAAUUCUGUACAAAGAAAGUACAUAUUGUUGUGUUUCUACUCCUGUAAGAUUUCCUAAAAACGAGCUCCAUCAGGGCAGAAUGAGCAGAGACAAGACUGUAAAUGAUUUUGUAAACCAAACACAGUGAUGUUGUGUCGUACUGAACGCAGCUCGUCUGCUUUGGACGUUCACUUCUUUAUACUCCAGCUCUCUUUGGGAAGAAGCGAAGCCGAGGAGGAUAAAAACAGAAUGGCUGUUUAACCGCUAAAAGCUGCUGUACUCAGUGUUUAGUACACUGCCGGCUUUAUUUACUGAUGCUCUGCAAAAAGACUUUUCUACCUGAGGCGGAAGACUUGUGACGUGUUUGCAUGACGUGUGAUCUGAUCUCCUCUUCUUCUUCUUCUUCUUCUGCCCGUCGCUCUUUGCAUGUAGAUCAGAUUUUAUUAAAAGCUCUUUAAAGCUUUAUUAAAGGUCUUUUUUCAAAGCUGGUCUCAAAAUUUAAUGAAAUGAGUGAAAUGUCUUGCGAAUGCAAAUAAUCUCCUCUGUGCAUGCUAGUGUAUGUAUUACUGGUUAAGUUUGACCACUUGCAUAUUUGAAUUUUUAUACAGUUACACAAUAAAAUCUACAGUUUUUGGUGCAUGUUCAAUAGAAGUCAUGAAGAAUAGCUUCUUUCAAUAGAACUUUAACCCUUAAAAAAAGUUUCUUUCACUGUUAUAGUUUCAUAUUUUGAACGUGUGGAAACGUGUCAGGGUUGUGUUUUUAUCAGAUAAUGUGUUCCAUGGUGAGGAUAAGUAAUCUUAACAUUAUUUGUAUUGUAUUUCAUUAAUUUUGCAUUUCAGAGUUUUGGCUCAUUUCAUGAAAUUCAGUGAGACCGUGUUGGGUUUACAUAUAAAUAAUGGUGAUAAAUAAAAAAAAUAAAAAAACAUGAACAUUUCAAGCACGUUGAUGUUGCCAAUAAAGGUUUAAACAUUAAAAAAAAAAUAAAACUGUAAUCUUAAAUGUUUUUUUAGUCGCCUGCCACUCGCUCUGUUUUAGGGAUAAAUCCUUUUUGUUUUUUUCUUUAGGUUGAUAAUUUUUUGUUUGUUAUAAACAGUUAAUAUCCUGUUUGUUUAAUCUGAGGUCGGUGCUGAAAAAUCUUCUGUUGGUUUAAAGGGACGUUUGUGAUGGAGGCCACACGGACUCAGUCUUAGAUUUUCACUCCUGUUUUCAUCUUUGCUGCAUCACUGAAACUUCAUACAUGGAAAAAUGAGAAAUAAAGUGUUUGAAAGUUGUUACAGA